UCGGGGGCUCGGCUAGGUUGCGCUACCUCGCUAGCUCGCUCGCUCGCUCGCUCUCUCGGUUCGGCGCGCCUCUGCUGGCUUCCGCUGGGGUGUGCUGCAGUUGGGACUGGGAGCCGGCGCUGGAGCGGGGCCGGGCCGGGGCCGGGCCCGAGCCCGAGCCGGUGCAUGCCGCGUCCCUGUGUCUCCUGCCUGGCCGCCAGUCCGGCGGUCUCCGGCGGCCGCAUCAAGUUGGGGAGCAGGGGUGCAGUGCCGAGCGUCUGUGAGCCCCCGGGAGUCUACCUCCCAUCUCAAAGACUCCUACCAUGUUUAACUUGAUGAAAAAAGACAAGGACAAAGAUGGCAGUCGGAAGGAGAAGAAGGAAAAGAAGGAAAAGAAGGAGCGGAUGUCAGCAGCCGAGCUCCGGAGCCUGGAGGAGAUGAGCCUAAGACGUGGCUUCUUCAACUUGAACCGGUCCUCCAAGAGAGAGUCCAAGACCAGGCUGGAGAUCUCCAACCCCAUCCCCAUCAAGGUGGCCAGCAGCUCCGACCUGCACUUGACCGACAUCGAUUCUGACAGCAACCGGGGCAGUGUCAUCCUUGACUCGGGCCACCUCAGCACGGCCAGCUCCAGCGAUGACCUCAAGGGCGAGGAGAGUGGCCGACCCUCCGUGCUGCAGAGGGCCGCCAAGUUUGGGUCCUUGGCCAAGCAGAACUCCCAGAUGAUCGUCAAACGCUUCUCCUUCUCCCAGCGGAGCCGGGACGGGAGUGCCUCGGAGACCUCCACCCCCUCGGAGCACUCGGCCGCCCCUUCCCCUCAAGUGGAGGUCCGGACCCUGGAGGGUCAGCUGGCACGUCAGGCUGGCUCUAGCGUCUCGUGGCCGGGGUGUCGGACCCGAGGCCCUGAGCUGGUCAGCAAGCGGUUUGCCGCUGACCUGCGGCUGCCUGCCGUAGCCCCCCUGCUACCUCCCCCUCCCCGGGAGCUGGAGCUUCAGAGGCGUCCCACCGGGGACUUUGGCUUCUCCCUUCGGCGAACAACCAUGCUGGACCGGGCGCCCGAGGGGCAGGCCUACCGACGGGUGGUGCAUUUCGCUGAGCCCGGGGCAGGCACCAAAGACCUGGCCCUGGGGCUGGUGCCCGGCGACCGUCUGGUGGAGAUCAAUGGCCAGAACGUGGAGAACAAGUCCAGGGAUGAGAUCGUGGAAAUGAUCCGUCAAUCUGGGGACCACGUCCGGCUCAAGGUGCAGCCCAUCCCGGAGCUGAGCGAGCUGAGCCGCAGCUGGCUGAGGAGUGGCCUCGGGCAGCAGAGGGAGCCCACUGACGUUAAAGAUGAGGACAAGAUUAUUCCAAAGCCGAGCCCUCUUGGAAAAGAAGAGAGGGCUCUAGAGGGUGCCCCAAAGGACAAGGCCUGCCCACUCAGGAGCCCCCAGUCUCCCACCACCCCAGUGCCCGCGGAGCCCCGCCAGAGACCCAGUAGCCCUGCCGAUGUGUCGAAUGGCGUCCCCCCUGUGCCUUCCGUGAAUGGCCUGGGGACGGCCUCUCCAGGACCCCAAAUGGAGGAUCCGCAGGGCGCCUCCUGCCAUCGGGUGGCAAAGGCCGUGAGGAAGGUGGUGAGCAAGGUGCUGCCUGGGGAUGAGCCCGGAGGUGCCAGAGAACCGCCAGCCAAAGGUGCCAAGCUUCCUGACCCCCCUGCCCAUGGCAAGAAGGGGGGAAAGGCUCCUCGGGUUCCUGCUGCCCCCACUCCUCCUCCUCUCCCCUCCAAGCCUGAAGCUAAGAAGGAGCCAGCCGCCAAGGACGAGAUCUCCGUGGGCCUUCGGAGCCUGAUGUCCCGGGGCAGGGGCAAAGAGCACAAGCCUCGGAGCCGCCCGGCCUCCGAGAAGGCGGGGGAAAGGCCGCCGGGCCCGCCAGAGGGCCCAGCCGAGACGCCAGGCUCCCUGGCGCAGCCCGAGUCCGAGAAGAAGCCGAGCUCCCCGACUCCCCCGAAGGAGGAGCCAGACCGUGUCCAGGACGUUGUCCCCGGCUCAGACCACGCUCCAGCUGAGCUCGCCCAGGUGCCAGCCCCUGGCACGCAGCAGGAGGCAGGAGCCAUCGUGGAAGCCCAGCCGGUGCCCGGGGAGGAGGCUCAGGAGAGGCUCGAGAGGAUCUUCAUGACUUCUCUGGACCCUGAGGCCUUCUCUGCCGCCCAGAGCCAGGUAGGGUGCCCCUGCCCUCAGGAACCCUCUGCUUCCACUGACCGACCGAUGCCCCUGGUCUGCGCCUGGGCCGGUGUCUGUGCUCGGGCCUCAUGCUGGAGUGCCAAGACAGAGGAGCAGAUUGCUGCUGAGGAAGCUUGGCACGAGACAGAGAAGGUUUGGCUGCUCCAUCAAGAUGGCUUCACUCUUGCUAGCCAACUGAAGUCAGAGGAAUUAAGUUUGCCAGAGGGGAAGGUCCGAGUGAAACUGGAUCAUGAUGGGACCAUACUGGAUGUGGAUGAGGGUGACGUGGAGAAGGCCAAUGCCCCAUCCUGUGAACGACUGGAAGACCUGGCCUCUCUGGUAUACCUCAAUGAGUCUAGCGUCUUGCACACCCUCCGGCAACGCUAUGGGGCCAGCCUGCUGCACACAUUCGCCGGCCCCAGUUUGCUCAUCCUCAGCCCUAGAGGGGCCCCUGCUAUGUACUCUGAGAAGGUGAUACACAUGUUUAAGGGGUGUCGACGGGAGGAGAUGGCACCCCAUAUCUACACAGUGGCACAGACUGCAUACCGCAACAUGUUGAUGAAUCGCCAGGACCAGUCCAUCGUGUUGUUGGGCAGCAGUGGCAGUGGCAAGACUGCUAGCUGCCAACACCUGGUCCAGUACCUGGCCACCAUCGCAGGCACCGGCGGGAACAAGGUGUUCUCUGUGGAGAAGUGGCAAGCUCUGUACACCGUCCUAGAAGCCUUUGGUAAUAGCCCCACCAUUAUGAAUGGCAAUGCUACCCGCUUCUCUCAAAUUCUUUCACUGGACUUUGACCAAGCUGGCCAAGUGGCCUCAGCCUCUAUUCAGACUAUGCUGCUUGAGAAGCUCCGAGUUGCCCGGCGUCCAUCCAAUGAAGCCACCUUCAAUGUCUUCUACUACUUAUUGGCCUGUGGAGACAGCACCCUUAGGACAGAGCUACACUUCAAUCAUCUGGCAGAGAACAAUGUGUUUGGAAUUGUGCCCUUGUCCAAGCCUGAGGAGAAGCAGAAGGCGGCUCAGCAGUUCAGUAAGCUUCAAGCUGCCAUGAAGGUUCUGGGCAUUUCCCCUGAUGAGCAGAAGGCCUGUUGGUUCAUCUUGGCCGCCAUCUACCACCUGGGAGCUGCAGGUGCCACCAAAGCACCUCUUGAGGAACAAUCUGCCGGGCGCAAGCAGUUUGCCCGCCACGAGUGGGCCCAGAAAGCCGCCUAUCUGCUGGGCUGCAGCCUGGAGGAGCUCUCGUCCGCCAUCUUCAAACACCAGCCCAAGGGCAGCCUCCAGCGCUCCACCUCCUUCCGCCAGGGCCCCGAGGAGAGCAGCCCCGGAGAUGCGGCAGGCUCCAAGCUGAGCGCCCUCGAGUGUGUGGAAGGCAUGGCCGCAGGCCUCUAUUCCGAGCUCUUCACUCUCCUCGUCUCCUUGGUGAACAGGUCCCUCAAGUCCAGCCAGAAUUCCCUCUGCUCCAUGAUGAUCGUGGAUACUCCUGGCUUCCAGAAUCCAGACCUGGGAGGCUCAACUCGAGGGGCCUCCUUUGAAGAACUGUGCCACAAUUACACCCAGGACCGGCUCCAGGCCCUCUUCCAUGAAAGAACCUUUGUGCAGGAGCUGGAGAGAUACAAAGAGGAAAAUGUUGAAUUGGCAUUCGAUGACCUGGAACCUGGUGCAGUGGACUCUGUAGAUGCUGUGGACCAAGCCUCCCAACAAGCCCUGGUGCGUUCCCUGGCCCGGCCAGAUGAGGCUCGGGGACUGCUGUGGCUGUUGGAGGAGGAGGCUAUGGUGCCAGGUGGCACUGAUGAGGCCCUGCUUGAGCGGCUUUUUUCAUACUAUGGCCCCCAGGAUGGCGACAAGAAAGGACAGAGCCCCCUUCUUCGAAGCAGCAAACCCCACCACUUCCUCCUGGGCCACAGCCACAACACCAACUGGGUGGAGUACAAUGUGGAAGGCUGGCGGAACUAUGCCAAGCAGAACCCUGCCAUGCAGAAUGCCCCACGGCUCCUGCAGGACUCUCAAAAGAAGAUCAUCAGUAACCUGUUUGUGGGCCGGGCUGGCAGUGCCAUGGUGCUAUCGGGUUCCAUCGCAGGACUGGAAGGGGGUUCCCAGCUGGCACUUCGAAGGGCCACCAGCAUGCGAAAGACAUUUGCCACUGGAGUGGCAGCUGUCAAAAAGAAGUCUCUCUGUAUCCAGAUCAAGCUCCAGGUGGACGCACUCAUUGACACGAUCAGGAAAUCCAAACUGCAUUUUGUUCACUGUUUCCUGCCUGUGGCGGAGGGCUGGGCAGGUGAACCCCGCUCGGCCUCUUCCCGCCGGGUAAGCAGCAGCAGUGAGCUGGACCUGCCUCCCGGGGAGCACUGUGAGACCGGCCUCCUGCCACUGGAUAUUCCCCUGCUCCGGGCCCAGAUUCGUGGCUCUCGUCUUCUGGAUGCCCUUCGCAUGUAUCGACAAGGUUAUCCUGACCACAUGGUGUUCUCAGAGUUUCGGCGACGUUUUGAUGUCUUGGCACCCCAUCUUACCAAGAAGCAUGGGCGCAACUACAUUGUUGUGGAUGAGAAAAGAGCUGUGGAGGAACUGCUCGAGUCCUUGGACCUAGAGAAAAGCAGCUGCUACAUGGGCCUGAGUCGGGUGUUUUUCCGGGCAGGCACCUUGGCCCGACUGGAGGAGCAGAGGGACGAGCAGACCAGCAAGAACUUGACCCUAUUCCAGGCGGCUUGCCGGGGCUACUUGGCCCGCCAGCACUUCCAGAAAAGAAAGGUCCAGGACCUGGCCAUUCGCUGCGUCCAGAAGAACAUCAAGAAGAACCAGGGGGUGAAGGAUUGGCCGUGGUGGAGGCUCUUCACGGCUGUCCGGCCUCUCGUCGAGGUGCAGCUCUCCGAGGAGCAGCUUCGAGGCAAGGACGAGGAAAUCCAGCAGCUUCGGGGCAAGCUCGAGAAGGUGGAAAAGGAACGCAACGAGCUUCGGCUCAAUAGCGACCGGCUCGAGACUCGAAUCUCCGAGCUGACAUCAGAGCUGGCAGAUGAGCGAAACACUGGAGAAUCGGCUUCCCAGCUCCUGGAUGCUGAGGCAGCGGAGAGGCUCCGGGCGGAGAAGGAGAUGAAGGAGCUGCAGAUUCAAUAUGAUGCACUGAAGAAGCAAACGGAGGCCAUGGAGAUUGAGGUCAUGGAAGCCAGGCUUAUCCGGGCGACUGAGCUCAAUGGCGAGAUGGACGAUGACGACUCAGGUGGCGAGUGGCGCCUCAAGUACGAGCGGGCCGUUCGAGAAGUCGACUUCACCAAGAAACGGCUGCAGCAAGAGUUUGAGGACAAGUUGGAAGCGGAACAGCAGAGUAAGAGGCAACUAGAGAGGAAGCUGGUAGACCUGCAGGCGGACAGUGACGAGAGCCAGCGGACCCACCAGCAACUCAAGAAGAAAUGCCAGCGGCUCACAGCAGAGCUUCAGGACACCCGGCUGCACCUGGAGGGCCAGCAGGUCCGCAACCACGAGCUGGAGAAGAAGCAGAGGAGGUUUGAUAGUGAGCUCUCCCAGGCCCACGAGGAGACCCAACGGGAGAAGUUACAGAGAGAGAAGCUACAUCGAGAAAAAGAUGCCCUCCUGGCUGAAGUUUUCAGCCUGAAGCAGCAGAUGGAGGAAAAGGACAUGGACAUUGCUGGCUUCACCCAGAAGGUGGUCUCUCUGGAGGCAGAACUCCAGGACAUCUCUUCUCAGGAGUCUAAGGAUGAAGCCUCUCUGGCCAAGAUCAAGAAGCAGCUCCGGGACCUGGAAGCCAAGACCAAAGACCAGGAAGAGGAGCUGGAUGAACAGGCGGGGACCAUCCAGAUGCUGGAGCAGGCCAAGCUCCGCCUCGAGAUGGAGAUGGAGCGGAUAAGACAGACCCACUCAAAGGAGAUAGAAGGCCGAGAUGAGGAAGUAGAAGAAGCCCGCCAGUCAUGCCAGAAGAAGUUGAAGCAGAUGGAAUCCCAGCUAGAAGAGGAGUAUGAAGACAAGCAGAAGGUGCUACGGGAGAAGAGGGAUCUGGAGAGCAGACUCAACGCCUUGAGUGACCAGGUGAGUCAGCGGGACUUGGAGUCCGAGAAACGCCUGCGGAAGGACCUGAAACGGACCAAGGCCCUGCUGGCGGAUGCCCAGAUCAUGCUGGACCACCUGAAGAACAGCGCCCCCAGCAAGAGGGAAAUCGCCCAGCUCAAGAAUCAGCUGGAGGAGUCUGAGUUCACCUGUGCAGCUGCAGUGAAGGCCAGGAAGGCAAUGGAGGUGGAGAUUGAGGACCUUCACCUGCAGAUUGAUGACAUCUCCAAAGCCAAGACGGGGCUAGAGGAGCAGGUGAGCCGCCUUCAGCGAGAGAAGAACGAGGUCCAGAGCCGGCUGGAGGAGGACCAGGAGGACAUGAACGAGCUCAUGAAGAAGCAUAAGGCCGCGGUGGCGCAGGCUUCCCGGGACAUGGCCCAAAUGAAUGAUCUCCAAAUUCAGCUAGAAGAGGCCAACAAGGAGAAGCAGGAGCUUCAGGAGAAGAUGCAAGCUCUCCAGAGCCAGGUGGAGUUUCUGGAGCAAUCUAUGGUGGACAAGUCGCUGGUGAGUCGACAAGAAGCCAAGAUUCGGGAGCUGGAGACUCGCCUGGAGUUCGAGAGGACCCAAGUGAAGCGCUUGGAGAACCUGGCGAGCCGGCUGAAAGAAAACAUGGAGAAGCUGACAGAGGAGCGCGAUCAGCGCAGUGCGGCGGAGAACAGGGAAAAAGAACAAAACAAGCGUCUCCAGCGGCAGCUCCGAGACACCAAGGAAGAGAUGGGAGAGCUGGCCAAAAAGGAGGCCGAGGCCAGCCGGAAGAAGCACGAGCUGGAGAUGGACCUGGAGAGCCUGGAAGCAGCCAACCAGAGCCUGCAGGCAGACCUGAAGCUGGCCUUCAAGCGCAUUGGAGAUCUGCAAGCCGCCAUUGAGGACGAAAUGGAAAGUGACGACAAUGAGGACCUCAUCAACAGUUUGCAGGACAUGGUGACAAAGUAUCAGAAAAGAAAGAAUAAGCUCGAGGGCGACUCUGAUGUGGAUUCCGAGUUGGAAGACCGGGUGGAUGGUGUCAAGUCUUGGUUGUCCAAAAACAAGGGGCCUUCCAAGGCUGCGUCAGAUGAUGGAAGCCUCAAGAGCUCCAGCCCUUCCAGCUACCAGAAGUCCCUUGCCCUUGACCAAUCAGACGACGAGCAUGCCCCCCUGGACCACUUCACCCGAUCCCGAUACUCUCACAGCUACCUGAGCGACAGCGACACAGAGGCCAAGCUGGGGGACUCCAGCGCAUAGCCCGUGCAUGCGUGGCAUUUGGUCCGAUGCCCCUCUCCCGCCGUGGCUUGCGGCAGUCAGAUGCCUCUCCCGAAGGACGAUGGGGCCCGCGUCUCCCUGCCCUCCAUACCGGCACCCUCGGUCUGCUUGGGAAAGGCCCCUUUCUGGGGGGGACUCCUUCCCCCGCCACGGCAAGAGGGCAGGAGGAGAAGAACGUCCAGAGAGAAAACUUAGCAUCCUUGCCUGCCCCCUUCAGAAUGCAACCAACAGCUUGGCUCCGACGGUCCCCCUGGACCGAGCGAAGCACCCUCAGCCCUCUUCCGUGGGGAGCUGUGUUGGGACAGACUUCUCCACGGGGACGUUCUUCAGUUGCUUUGUCCCCCGGAGGGAGCAGCCCCGGAUCCUUCCCUCUGGGGGGGGAGGGCUUUCUCUUCUCAGUGCCUGCUGUCUUUUUUAUUUUGUAAUUUAAAUACCAGACCUUUCCCCUAUCAAGAUGAGUCCCCAGGAAGGAGGAAGGGAGGAGGAGGCUCCUGGGAUGGAGGGGGGAGAUGGGAUCGUAUCUUCAUCUUCACGCUUCAGUCGGGCCAGAGACAAAAGCCCUUGGCUCGUCCCACUGAAGAGGAGGGAGGGCCCUCUGGCUUUGGGAGCCAGGUUCUGAGAGAGGGCAUAGGAUGGGCUGCAGCGGGUUCUGUGGGCAGCCUGGCCAUGCUAGGGCAGGACACUGGGCACUAAGUGCAGUGACCUCAUCCCAGGGAAAUCCGAGUCGAACCACGGCUUCUCUUAUUCCUUGGGCCCAGCAGACUGCCUCAAGAAUGCAACCCCUGAGGAGGGGAGGCCUUACGUUGGGUGCUUAGGAUCAGAAACACCGAAGACUGGGUUUUUCUUAGGGUGCUGUGGAUGGGUGGGCGCUUGACUCCUUCCUCAAGCCCUGAUCCUACAUUCUGAGGCUUUUUGUGUGUGCCUCCUCUCUCUUUCUCCCCCCUCCCUCUCUCCUCUCUUCUCUGACUCUCCUCUGUCUCUGUCUCUUUGUCUCUGUCUGUCUGUGUCUCUCUCAAAAGAACACCCCCCCUUCCUUCACUAUGCUGACCACACAUCAUCUCCAGGGCUGAGCCCCCACUGGUUAGCCUUUCAAUUGAAAGAAAAAAAAAAAACCAGCCACGAGGGCCAAAGAGCAAUGCCUGGUGGUACCGCCUGGCCUCCUUCUGCCGGCUCCCUUUCUCUUCUCUCUCGGUUUGCACUUGGACUGUGCGUCUCAUUGCCCUGGUUACUUUCCGUAUGGAAAUAAAUCUUUUCCUCCUGA